UAGCUUCUUUUUGUAUGACCCUGCAGACUGGAAAAUCCUGUUGGAACGCUAUCAGUUUCACUCUCUCCAUCUCUCCUCUCUUAUACUAUAUUCGGUUGAUCAGAGAAGGUUAUCGAUGGCAGCAGACGUGAGUUACUUUGCUGAGAGGGAGGAAGGUGAGGGGAAGAGGGAGCUUGUCACCAAGGAUUUGCUGGGCGGUGGUGAGGUAUCGCUUAAAUCCGCCGAGGUCAACCUCGAGCUCAGAGUUCCUGAUGGAUGGGAGAGGCGGCUAGACCUAGUGUCGGGAAAGACUUACCUCCAGAAGCGCGAACUGCAUCCGGCGCACUGCCAUCAACACAACCUCAACCUCGCGCUUCCUCCGCCGUCCACCGCGGCGCUCUUCCCGGAGGUCAACGCUGGAGUGCCGCCGUCCAGGUACCAGAGCGUGUGCACCCUCGAGAAGGUGCGGUCCGCCCUCCAGCGCGCCGGCCACCGCCCCUACGAAUUCCCCUUAACUCCUUCCUCGCCGUCGACCGGCGUCGACUGCUCGGCGAAGCGGAUGGCAACAGGUAAUCGGGAACUCGACGAGCUGUCGCCCGCGAUAGCCAGGUGCCCUGGUUGCCUACUCUACGUGCUCGUGUCGCCGGCGGCGCGGCGGUGCCCUAGGUGCGCGGCGCACCUCGCGGUCGACGGCGAGGCCAACAAGAGACACAAGUUUGACCUGAACUCGCCGAACCAUUGA